AUGUCGCUCGCUGGAAAAUGGAAGCUCGAUAAAAAUGAGAACUUCGACGAGUACAUGAAGAAGGUCGGGGUUAGCUGGGUGCUUCGAAAAGCCGGUGCUACUGUCAGCUCUACCACUGAAAUCACUCAGGAAGGCGAUGGAAUCCGAGUCAACACCCAGUCGACCGUCAAGUCCGCCAACGAGCUCUUCAUGCCUGGCGUCGAAAAGGACGUCACCACCAUGGACGGGCGCAAGGUCAAGUCCACCCUUGUCGGUGAUUUGAACGGCUUCACCAUCACCGAGAAGUGGGACGGUCGAGAGACCACUCUCAAGUGGGAACUGAUCAACGGCGAAGUUGUCCUCACUCUCAACUGCGAAGGCGUCAUUUGCAAACGAACUCACAAGAAAUGUUGA